ACUAUGGACCUGUCAUGUUUAACGACCAUAUUUUCUCCACAGUAGGCUGAAGAAUGUUUGGUAACACUUGGAUCCUGUAUUUGGUUCAAUAAGAUGCAUGAUGAACCUUGGUGUAGGAUGCUCUUUUGAAAAGAAAUGUUAAAUCAGCUGUUUUAAUAAGUUAUUAAAAAUGUACCCCGAUUAUUUGAUUUUAUAUGAACCUAUGGACUUUAGAGAUUCUUAAAAACUUCAAAAUAAACGAUAUUAUUGAUGCCGAGCUUGUUAUCUCCGCCUGCUAAUUUGUUUCAUAUUUUUAAUCCUUCACGUGAGAUCACUCUUGAUAGAGCUACAUAUAUUUGGUUAUGGCUGAAUACUCUUCGAGGUAGAUAGAGGGCAACUUGUUUAAGACUUUUCCCUUGAAUUUUAUUGAUUGUUGUUGCAUAGGACAACCGUAAAGGUAUUAGUGCCUGCAUAACAUUAAUGGAUGGAUGUUUCCGUUGGGUGACAAUUGAAUCUUCAGAAUGAGAACUUUGUUUCCGACAUGUAUAUAUGUCAUGAUUUCAACCUUAAUGAUAUUGUUCCCAAGUCGUGUAACAACUAACCUUGUUCCACUUCAUAGACCGUUUUCUGUUUUAUAUUCCGUUAAAAUCAUCUAAGGUGCUCCAACUCUCGACAUGACUUGUGGUUUGGCAGUCCGAUGAAUUUGAGAAAGUUAAGAUACUCUUGGAUAUAGUUUGACGUCCAAUCUCCAUCAGAUGUUGACUCAUUUGCAAUAGUAUCAGAGCUUAAGUAUUCUUUCUCAUUAGGCAUCAUUGAAACUUGAAAGCAUGUAAUUGUUAAUUUCUCUGGCGGUGUUAUCGUAGUAAAAAAACUUUGAUGCCGCCAAAAAAUUAUGGCUAAAAAAAAAAAACCCAAGGUUUAGCCACGAUCUAGCUACAAUUCAAAAAUAGCCACGACUACCAAAAAAAAACAUAGCUCAAUCGUGGUUCAAAUAGCCACAAUAUGGUUAGGUAAUAAAAUAUGGUUACAUUUACCAUGGUUUAGCUACAAAAUAAUAUCUAGUAACGCUUUUGCGACGCUAUUUCAUUGGCUAAUGUAUUAGCCACAAAUUUAAGGUUUAGGGAUAAUAGCCACGAUUUUACCACGUAAUUUUUUUGACUAUAUUAGUUUUUUUCUAUACUCUAAACCUCAAUCUUAAAUUAUAUAUACUAAUACUAAAUCCAAUGUCCAAAUAUUAUAUUUUAAAAUUUUAAGCUCAAAUAUUACACUUACACUCUAAAUCUAAUUUUUUACCCAAACUAUAUACCUCAAACACUAUAUCCCAAAUACAAACCCGGACUAUAAUACUUUUACAUUUAAAUUCUAAAUCGUAAACAUAAACCUUAUAAACUUAAAUCUUUUUCAAAACUUAAUCUCAAACUACAUACUGCAGCAGUUAAUUAUGGUUCCAUUCAAUACCCUAGUUUGUUUUCAUUACCUAACAACAAAACCCAUAGAACAAAAUAGCCGUUGGAAUUUGAAACCAAAAACUUGUUUAAAAAAAAUGAAGAAAAGCAUUCUAAUUUGAAAAAGGGAAUAAAAGAGUGAGAGGUAAUACGACAUUGACUGCAGUGCUUUCUCUUUCCAAUGUCUAACGGCUCCAUAGCCUGAAAUUUCAAAAAAACUGCUCUUCUCUAUCAAAAUAAAUUAAAUUCAAGUUUGAUUCUAAAUCACUCACUCUGGGGUUCAGACUCAUCUUUAUAGCAAAUGGGUUGUUGUCUCAGCAAGAAACCUUGUCCGAUCCCUCUCUCUAAAUCUCCAGAUCCAGUCAAACCCGAUGUUAGUAAACCCACUAAACCGGUGAUUGAGCUGCCGGUUAAACCGGUAAUUGACCUUCAGGAGAAUCCAGCAGUGGAGGAAGCCAAACCAACUAUACCCGAGAAGGUAGAGAGAGAAGAAGCUGAAGCUUCUUCUGUAGCGGUGGAGAAGUCAUCCGUGAGGACCUCAAGCUGUACGAAAGAAGAAGUAGACGCGAUACUGAUAGAAUGCGGGAAGCUGAGUCGGAGCAACUCCGCAGCUAAAACCAGAAGAUACUCUGGCUCAAAGAGAAGCUUCGAUUUUGACCAGAACGAGAGGACACGUGGCGGCGGCGAAGGAGAUGUGGAAGAGGAGAGAAGGAAGACGCCUCAAAGGAAUCGUGACCGUGGAGUAGAGAGAGCGAACGGUUCGCCCCGCGAGAGGCGAAGACGAACUCCGAGCAGAGAAAGAGAAAGAGAAAGAGGCGGCGGCGCCGGUGGAGGCAGACGGGCGAGCAGGUCUCCCGCAAAACGAUCGGAGCAGGCCACAAACCCUAGUGGCACUUUAGUAAUUUCGAGCAACAUUAAGUUUGUUACAGUUCCCGCGACGGACCCCUCGAGUAAACGAGUCACUGUUAAGAGAAGCAUCGGAGAAGCUUGUAGAACCGCCGCCGCGAUGACUAAUGUUCAACCUCGGAGGAAGGCACUGGGAGAAAUCGAUCAGAACGCGACAAAAGGAGACAAGAAGAAGAAGAUGAUAAAGAGAGAGAACGAAGAUAAGAAACUAACGACACCACAAGUGAUAAGCAGAAGCAGGUCGUUGAGGAGAUCUAGGGACUUCGAUUUCAGUCCAGAGACAUUGUUGUUGCAAUCAAGCGAACAAGACAUGAAGAGCAGUUACACGGAGCUGUUGCUGAAAGACAUUAAGGAUUUCCAUGGGAAGAGUAGUAAUGAUGAUGAGGAGGAGGAUCCGUUUAGUCGUCUUCCCUCUUGUGUUACUAAAGCUUGCUCCAUUGUUGAAGCAGUGGCGGAUCUUAACUCCUCCAGCUCUGAUUUGAACCAGUUUAGAUUCGGAUCUACUGUGAAGAAAGCGGAUUUGGUGGAACCCAGCUUUGAGAAGUAUGUGACUGUGAGGAGAGGUUGUUGUUCCUUGGAGGAGCAAGAAUCAUGUGGUAGCAACAAUCUUACGUGACUAGUGUUCGAUUUCUCAGCCAACAACUCUACUCUCUGUGUUGUUGCAGUUUCAACUUUAGUUAGUUCCCCAUGUUUUCAUUCACUUCAAUCGAAUCUUUUCUUCAACAUUAUGUUGAGAUAAAAUGGUACUAACAAUUCAAUAGUGA